AUGAAAAAAAAGCAGGUGCCAACCACCGCCUCACCAAGAGUCCAAAGAUGGGCUGUGACCCUAAGAGGUUAUGAUUACACCAUCCAGUACAGAGCGGGAAAAGAGAACGGAAAUGCGGAUGCUUUCAGCAGAUUACCCUUACCAGUAAGUCGGCAAGUGCAGGAAGAGGACAGAGUACUUCUCAUUCAAGAGCUGGAGGGGUUCCCCUUAACAGCKGAGCAGAUACGUACCUGGACCCAACGUGACCCGGUGCUAGCACAUGUAAAGGAAUACCUUUUACGAGGAUGGCCUGACGAUAGCACCUUGGAUGAUCCAUUGAUGAGGCCAUACCAGACAAAGAAGUUGGAGUUGAGCGUGCACGAGGGAUGUGUGCUUUGGGGUGCGCGAGUCGUGAUUCCRCCAGUAGGGAGAGAGCAGGUGUUGAAGGAGCUGCAUCAAGCACAUCCAGGUAUUAACCGUAUGAAAGGAUUAGCACGUAGCUAUGUGUGGUGGCCGUCUAUGGAUAAGGACUUAGAGAACUUAGUCCAACAAUGUGAAACCUGUCAAGUACACCGUAAGGCACCGGCGGCAGCUCCCUUGCACCCCUGGGAGUGGCCGGACCAACCAUGGAAACGACUACACAUGGAUUACGCAGGUCCAUUUAUGGGCCAAAUGUUCUUGGUUGUUGUUGAUGCCCAUUCCAAAUGGAUUAAUGCAGAGAUUAUGAGCUCCACYACCUCGGCUGCCACCAUAUCUAAGCUUCGGGCGAUGUUUGCAACUCACGGGCUACCGGAGGUGGUCGUCUCUGAUAACGGGUCUAACUUCACUAGUCAAGAGAUGGAGGAAUUCUUGACUCAGAACGGUAUAGUGCAUGUCACGUCCGCACCUUACCAUCCCGCAACUAAUGGCUUAGCCGAAAGAGCAGUACAGACCAUAAAGGAAGGACUAAAGAAAGUGCGAGGAGAUAGCAUUGAGACUCGACUUCAGAAGUUGUUAUUCAACUACAGGAUAACACCUCAGACAACAACUGGGAAGUCUCCAGCGGAAGCAUUGAUGGGACGCAAGUUGCGAUGUAGACUAGACUUGCUACAUCCAAACCUACAAGGAAAGGUUCAACAAAAACAGAGCAAGAUGAAGGAAGUACAUGACCGUCAAGCCCACCCACGCGUGUUCACGGUUGGCAACCCAGUGUAUGUCCGGAAUUUUGGAAGCGGGUUACGCUGGAUCCCGUGGGUAAUUCAGGAAACUACAGGCCCGUUGUCCUACACAGUUACCCUAAUGGAUGGCCGGGGAGUACGCAGACACAUAGACCAUGUGCGUAGUCGGCAUCCUGAGAAAGCCACCGGAUCGCCUCCACAGGGGGACUCGGUGGUUAUAACCCAAGAGGUUGUCAAGGAUGGAGAACAGAAGGUGGAAGGGCAGGAUAACCAUGUCAUGCUGCAGUCACCAAGGGAUGUUGUCACUCUAGCUACAGAGCCCCUUCCAAACAACGUCGAAGAGCGGCCUACCACUAGUUGUGAUGCAGUUGCCUGUACAGAGGUGGUAGCUGUGCCACAUGAACGAUACCCCAGAAGAGAGAGAAGGCAGCCAGCAUACCUACGGGACUAUGAACAAUAG